GUCCCGAGCAGAGGGGGCGAGGAGGAGACGGACUUGGGAAAAUCAGCUCGUCCUAAACUCGACAGCUACGUGGAUUAACGGCAGCUUCAGCGGCUAGUGCUAUCAUAUGAUAGUCUUUCCGCUUGUUCGUUCGAAUCUUUUGGACCGGGAACGGUUGUUUGGCCCACUUUGGAGAGGGCUGUCGCAGCGGGAGGGGGGGAAAGGCAGUCUGGUAAUCGGUUGUUUCCCUGCUGGAGCGGUCGGAGCCGUGGUUGUGGCCGGGCAGCCCAGCCGGACGAAGCCUAAAACCUCUGCACGGAAUAUAACACCUAAGAUAAAGCUUUUAAAUUCUUUUUUGCAAAUAGCGGGAGAGUGGAAAUGCUCCCUUUCGACGCAGUUUGGACAUUUUGAGAGCUAUGCGACGGAGCUCGCCGAGGAGAAGUUUGAUUGGAGAGCGGAGUGCGUUUGAUUUGCAGUCCGAUGGAUGUUAGCCCUGCCCGGCUGUGGCUCGGGUCUGUGCACCGUUUAUCUGAAAAAUAGCACUACCGGGCACAGGUGAACAAUGCUGCUGUUGCAGACCUGGCAAGUACACGAUAACUCCGGCUCCAGUGCCAUCAGUUCACCCUGCAUUGCUUGUGUAUAAACCUGGAAAUACCAGCGACCAUCCCCUCCUCCUCCUCCUCUUCUUCAUCAUCCUCCCGUCUUCUUUUUUUGGACUAGUGAGGCUUGCAUUACCUGGGAUGUUUUGGAUGUAGACUCGAUCUUGACUUUUUUUUUUUAAAGAUGCAGUAUUUCCAGAGACAACAAGACAUUUAAUUUGACUCAAUCGUUUUGAGAUUUUUUGAAAAAUUUUCUGGAGCUUUUUGUGCUUUUGUAAAAUUCUCUUUCUAGUCAAGAGGAUCCGAUUCGGAUGGAAAAUGGGAGACGCCACCAAAUUGGCCUUCGCCGUUUUCCUCAUCUCCUGCUCUUCAGGCGCCAUCCUGGGACGCUCAGAGACGCAGGAGUGCGCCUACUACAACUCCAGCUGGGAGAAGGAGCGGACUAACCGCAGCGGCAUCGAACCCUGCUAUGGCGAGAAAGACAAGAGGCGGCACUGUUUCGCCACAUGGAAAAAUGUCUCCGGGACUGUGGAGAUUGUCAAGCAGGGAUGCUGGUUGGAUGAUGUCAACUGCUAUGACAGUAACGAGUGUGUGGAGAGGAAGGAGAGUCCCGAUGUUUUCUUCUGCUGCUGUGAAGGCAACAUGUGCAACGAGAGGUUCCUGUACGCCCCUGAAGCGCCCCCGCAGAGCGACCCGCACCAUUCGACUGCCUACACCACCUCCAACCCGUUCUCCCAGAAGCCCCAGCUCUUCAGCACCCUGCUUUACUCACUGGUUCCCAUCAUAGGCCUGGCCGCGGUCGUCCUCUUCUCCUUCUGGAUGUGGAGGCACCACAAACUGGCGUACCCAGCUGCCCUCGUCCCCACACAUCACGCCUUUCACAUUAUGGUGGAGGAUCCCGGACCCUCACCCCCGUCCCCAAUUCUGGGACACAAACCUCUGCAGCUGAUCGAGGUGAAAGCCAGGGGGCGCUUCGGCUGUGUGUGGAAGGCGCAACUGCUGAACGAAUACAUGGCUGUUAAGAUCUUUCCCAUCCAGGACAAGCUGUCUUGGCAGAACGAGUACGAGAUCUACAGCGUGAGCGGCAUGAAGCACGAAAACAUCCUCCACUUUAUCGGUGCGGAGAAGAGGAACAACAACCUGGACCUGGAGCUGUGGCUCAUCACCGCCUACCACGACAAGGGCUCAUUGACAGACUACCUGAAGGCCAACGUGGUGUCCUGGAACGAGCUCUGCCACAUCGCUCAGUCAGCAGCCCGCGGUCUCGCCUACCUCCACGAAGAUAUCCCAGGACACAAGGACGGGCACAAGCCCUCCAUCGCUCACAGGGACAUUAAAAGUAAGAAUGUGUUGUUGAAGAAUAACCUGACAGCCUGCAUAGCUGACUUUGGCCUCGCUCUGAAGUUUGAGGCAGGAAAAUCAGCAGGAGACACACACGGACAGGUGGGAACACGACGUUACAUGGCUCCCGAAGUCCUGGAGGGCGCAAUCAACUUCCAGCGUGAUUCAUUUUUGCGCAUCGAUAUGUACGCCUUUGGCCUCGUCCUGUGGGAGCUGGCAUCACGGUGCACCGCUGCCGACGGACCAGUAGAUGAGUACAUGCUCCCCUUUGAGGAGGAGGUGGGUCAGCACCCAUCUCUGGAGGACAUGCAGGAGGUGGUGGUGCAUAAGAAACUGCGGCCCUGCCUGCGAGACUGCUGGCAGAAACACACGGGUCUGGCCAUGCUUUGCGAAACCAUCGAGGACUGCUGGGACCACGAGGCCGAGGCACGCCUGUCCGCCGGCUGCGUCGAAGAGCGCAUCGGACAGAUGCAGCGCCAGGCGCCCGUCAUCGGCCCCGAGGAGAUCGUCACGGUUGUCACCAUGGUGACAAACGUGGACCUCCCACCCAAGGAGUCCAGCUUAUGAUCAGCCAAUCAGCCGACGCCAGACGAGCUCUAGCGAAAACACAGAUCAACACGAGGGGAUAAAUGGCCAACCCUGGUUGGUUGGCUUUGUGGGGGGGGUUUUCUUCUUCUUCUUCUCCUUUGAUUUUUUUUUUUUUCCUUCCUGUUCUUUUAAGUGCGGGCCGCUGCUCGCAUUCAGGAAACGCCCCUUGCGCCCGCCUCACCACAUCAGUUGGCAUCCACCUCAUUUUGAUAGGCGUGCUUGAGGAUUUUAACGUUGAACUCUCUGCCAUCCUGAGCGGACUCACUCAGGAUGUUUUACCAAGCCACAGCACUGACAUGCUGGGACAACACUCUACGGACACUUUGAUCAUGUAUUGUUUUUAUAUACACAUAUACAUGCAAACGCACGCACGCACACAGACACACACACAGAUGUAGGAGGGCGACGUGUUCUGCUCUGAGAAGAUUCUUCGGAGAAAUUUCACAAAACUCUCGGUGCAUUUUAGUGUUAAAAAACAACAAAAGAAGAAAAAAAAAGAAAAGACGAGCGUCCGGCUCUUGAUACAUUUGCUGUUUUCUCGUGUGUUUUUUUUCUUUUUCUUUUUCUUUUGUUUUUUUGGGAGACUAUCGUUCUGCCAAUAAGCAACGGCUUCUGAAUGUUUAUAGUGUAAUGCUGCUGUACAUAGUGUAUUAUGGACCCAGACAACUUGGUAAUCAAGCUUAUUUUAAACGGGGGGGGGAAUGGGGAGGGGGGUCCAUUUUCAAGCAUUACGACGAUAAAAACCAUAAACCUCCUUCAACCAGGUAUACCUCAGUUCAGAUGGACAGUUUUAAAAAAAAUCAGUCCCUCUCUCCCUGUUCAUGGUCAUCGCUCGCACUUCCUUUACAACCUUUUGGCCCUUCGUCAAUCAACAAAGCCUAGACACACACAGACACACACGGCCAUACAAACCGUAAAAAAAAACAACACAACUUUUUCCCUUCUUCGUCCCCUUCCUUUCUCUCAGUGUCUACUUCAACUUUCUCCUGUUGGUUUUUUUUUCUUCUUUUUUUUUUUCUUUUGCUUCUAUCAGAUGUUCAUGAGAGCGGGAUAAACUCAUGAACCCCCCCCACACACACACACACACCCUGCCCACACCCAUGAUAAUGAAGUUGUCGUUUAAAGUUUUCUUCUUCUUUUUUUUCUUGUUUGCCGUGUCAGCCGUCAGCAGAGAGUAAAUACCCAUUGCUGACUAGCUUGAAUUGGAGUCACGGGAUCUCUCUCUGGAUUAGCGCUGGGUGCCAGCUGUAAUGAUACCUUCUCUUUUUCUUUUUUUGGAUAUUUAAUCAGAGAUAUCAAACUCUCGGGUCAUAUUCUUGUUCAUUCAUGGUGAAAUAAAUUAUGUGUUGUUUGAUUCUAUUUAGAAAAAUCAGAUUAACAAAAAAAAACAAGAGGUCACCUGGCAUGAUUUUUUUUAGGAGGUAUCAAAUUUGAAGUACAGUUUCCAGAGGUACCCAGCCCUACUUUGGAACUGUGCCUGUAUUUAGCUGAGCCAGCUUGCUUUUGAUUUGAUUGCACGCAUCUUUUUAUUUUUAUUUUAUUUUAUUUUUUUUAAUUAAGAGUUUCUGCUCUCUUUGGAUACACCUCAGGAAUCUUUGCUACUCAACACCACGCCCUCACAUCCUCAUCUGUCUCGAACUGGAGUACCUCCUCUUUCGCCGAAUCUUGCACCUCCUAUGUCUCUUUCUUGCCUCGUCUCCACUUGUUAGGGUUUAGCCGUGCGGUAAUAGUUCAGUGUCUUUAGUCGGUUUGAAGAAAACUGUAUUAGGUAAGGUUGGUCGAUAACUAAAAGGUGGACAUAAUCUGCUCCCCAUUCUUUUUAAGUAGCCAAGCAUGAAUCACAGUUCAAAAUAAUCCUUAUUCAUCUCAUCUUCUGAAAGAAACCGUCACAUGAUAGAGAUAUUAUAUUAUUAUAUUAGGACUAUCCACUUUUUCUGACAAAGUUCCACCAGUCAUUUAAUGCCAGAUCCCCACAGCAUUCAUUAGUCAUACUGAUCUCAUUACAAAAAAAGGAAACUUGAAUUAUCAAGGAUGCAGAACACUGAAUUAAUUCCCACAAAAAUGAAGAGAGAUAUUACUAAAAACAGGAAAAAAUAUCAACCUCCCCAACCAACACAGUCAACCUGACCUAAUGUAUCUGUAGAACCAAAAAUCUGGUCUAUGUUUUAACCACCUUCAUUCUGCACUGUUCCAGUUUAGACUUAAUUAAUUUGUUUUGAUGCUUUCUCUUAAGCUUGGCCCACUGCCGUUGGAAUUUGAGGGUUAUUUCCCUAGGGCCUUGGUAACACAGGCCUAGAAACCAGUUGGUGAACCCAUGACAACCAAAACCCUCCUUGUGAUUUCUUUGGUUACCUAUAGCUUGCAGAGAAGACGCCGACUUAUCUGCAAACACUCAUUAUUUAACCUCUGAGACGUACUAGAAACCAAUAAUGUUCCCCUUCAAAGUAAAAGUUUUUAGAAACCCCUAAAACCACUUAGCUUGACAGUUUGAAACCCUUGCCGACCCAACCGGCACACUCACACAGCUAACCAUGGUUAAAUGAGUGGAGACGAGGGGAUCUCUCCUUUCUGUCUUUCAUCCUGGUGCCAUUUCUACAUGUCGAUAUUAGUUAAUCUUGUAGAUGUCAGGCAAAACGGAUGUAUCUGUCGUUGUUGCGAAGGCGACAAAUGACGUUUUUGAGUCUUUAUUUCCUCUGAGGGAUAUUGAACACUGGUGCCGGCAGACCUGCAGUCUCUCCUCAAGCUUUGGGACGGUUUCACAUAUCACAGUUUAAAAUAAAGCUCUGUGUGCAGUUAGAAAAUACUUGGGGAGGGGCAUGAAGAAACUUCUUUCUAUCCAAACCAUUCACAUUCAAGACAGUGAGGCUUUCUUUACAGCACUGUAUUAUGACGUUUUGGUGAGCAAGAGCCAGUAAGUAUACAAGUAAAACACUAAGACAUUAAAUUGAUAAGUGAUCAGUUGAGCAAAACCGUUCAUUUUGCACAAAAAAGUCUGUAAUGAAGCUAAAUGUUUGGAGAAUGGAGAUGUGUGCCAACAUUUGUACCAAUCAGGGCCAAAUUGUUUAGUUAUCCCACCUAAAUCUAGAAGAUUCCAAAAAAAAGGAUCUUCAUAGUUGAACUGUAAAAGUUAUUUAAGCAAAUUUGGCAGCAUAAGUUUGAGGUUAUUUCCGCACACCAUAUUGCAACAACACCGCAAACCUGAAGGAAGUUGAAGCCAUCAUCUUAUUUACAUAUUGUAGCAUGAGUACAAUUUUUUGCAUCAGUGUCGCUUCCUUAUGCUGCUCCACUGCUGUUCAAAAGCACCCGUUGUCCGAGGUCCUCGCAAAGCUUGAACAGUCGGGGACGAUCAGUACUGCAAACCCCAGCAGCCCUUCAGUAAGUACUACCUCACUUGCAGGGAUUUCUUCAGUAUAGAAACUAUGGCAAAUAAAUUAAAAUCAUAACCAGGUUGCUAAAAAAAAAAAUUCUAAAUGUUCUUGAUUUAGGGGAAAGGUUUCAGUUUAGGGGUAAACUUAAUUUGUUCCCUGAAGGUCUGACAGACAGAAACAGAAUAAGGCUACAAAGAAGCUUCCUCAUUUCCACCACAAUGUGUUUUCUUGUCCCACAAAGGGAGAUUGAACUGCAGAACGAAAAGGAUCCUUGAAUGACACCAACAUAAGGGAAAAACACCAGUAUUAUUCUUUUUAGUUCCCAUGUUUGUGUCCUCAAAUGCAAAACCUACUCACCAGUGUUCCAGCAGCCAAGUGGAUAUCCAAAAACUGCCUCCAAACUGGUUGGUUACCUGCCAAAGUGGUUGACAAAUCUUAUCAGCCACGAGCAAAGAAACUCGCUGCUGUUUGGUUGGCAGUCACAUCCUAAGCACUGUAGGGGAAAGACUUCCGGCUUGAGUUUAAACUGCGCUCAGAGAAACCGACCCAAACCGACAAAUACCAUUCAGGGAUUCAGUACUAUGCUUUUCUAAGUUCUAGCGAGUUAUAUGCAACCAGUGCCGCAAACUACCCUACACUUCUGUAGGAUCAGCUGCAGGAGUGAAUUUCAAUACACACACACACAAAUAACUUGUAGCAUUUUUUUUUUUUUUUUUAUC